AUGGUGCCGACGACGACGAGUUAAUCUUUCUCUCUUCCAUCAACGACUCGGUCAGUAGUCUUGUACACUCCCGUCAGACUUGACGAUGAUUUUGAUUUAGUGAAAAGAAAUAUUUCCCUCAAAAAUAACAUGGGAAAUUUAUGGCGCCCUGUGAUGAUAUUUAUCAUAGUUUUGAUAACAUUGCGUGUGGCAGUAGCUACCGACAGUUUGCCACUCAGCAACAUUCUUUACAUAAGUGCUGUUGCAUCGCCGAGUCACUUUCUAUGGAGUCAACAGUUCGCUAAGGCGCAAGCCAACACUGGACACAACGUAACGUUACUGAGCAUCUACAAAGAAGGAAGCGAACAUAAUCUUCACUUUCUCAAGCUUCAUGAAGUCGAUGAAGCACUGUCCAAGGACCAAACCAUCGAUUAUCUCUCGCUGCAUUUGAUGUCUCCUACGGAGCUGUUGGCAGCUUUUGCCGACCUUGAGUAUAUGGUGUGCGAAUAUGCGCUCUCAUCUAAACAAUUGUUAGCCCUGCUAAACUAUCCCAAAAACUUUACCUUCCAACUAGUUAUUCACGACCAUCUUGCCGGUCCGUGUUUACUUCUCCUUGUGGAACGCUUCAACUUCCCACCGUUAGUGAUGGCAUCAGCCACAAACGUUCUGUCGAGUGUAGAACCCAUUCUCGGAUCACCUCUGUAUCCAGGAUUCGUUUCAAGCUAUUUACGUGACCUAGCAACGCCAUCGGGAUAUUGGCAAAGAUGCUACAACCUUAUGUUAACAGUAUACGAGUUGUUACUCAAACAAUACUACAGUAACCCCCAAAUUGAUCGGCUUGUUAAAAGUCGGGUUAAGAAUGUAUCCAACGUUUCACACCUGGAAACUAAAGCUCUUAUGGUGCUGAUGAAUUCCAUCGAUCUGCUCGAUCAGACUGAACCUUACAUAUGGCGUGUAGUAAACGUUGGAGGAUUGCACAUAACUGCACCAAAGCAACUGCGACCCUUGUUCUAUCAACUUUCGAACAAAACACACAGCAAAUGUGUUUAUAUUUCGUUCGGAAGUAAUGUAAAGAUUAAUAGCUUAAGCAAUCCCCUAGCCAGGAGCAUUACGACGCUAGCACGACUGUUGCCUGAGGUAAUGUUUCUGUGGAAAGUGGACAUUUCGCAUCCGCUAGCGGAUGAUAUCAUCCCGGGGAAUAUGAUAACGUUCGAUUGGUUUCCACAAAACGAUCUGCUGGGCAGCGGGAUGGUCGAUGUGUUUGUCACCCAUGGCGGACUGCUCAGUGUGCAAGAGUCCGUUUGGUACGGGAUACCUAUGCUCGGCAUUCCUAACUAUGCGGAUCAGUAUCAAAACGUGCAACGUAUCGAACGUCUGGGAAUCGGGAAGAAGCUACUUCUUGAAGAUGUAAACCCUGAUACACUGAGAAAAAAUUUGCUAGACGUUAUGGGAGAUGCAAGGUACAAACAGGCUGCAACAGCCAUGUCCCAAAUCAUACGUGACAAACAAGUAACGCCUCAGAUGAAGGCGCUCUGGGUGGUAGAAUGGGCGUUAAGAAACCACAAUAAAACUUCGCAGUUGCUGGAUGAUCUUAAUCGUGUUGGAUACAUGCAAAAGUAUUCGGUUGAUGUACUUGCCACCUUUAUAUUUUUGUUAUGUUUCGCCAUUUUAACAUCGUAUCGAGCUGCAAGAGCGCUUGUUUGUUUCGUGAUAGGAAGAUUAAAUGGAGAAAAUAAACAUAAAAUUGAAUAAUCAAAUAAAAACAUAAAAAAACAAUAGUUAGAAAUGUAUCAUAUGAAAUAAA